CAUAAAAUAUUUAAAUUGAAUAUAGGAAGUUGACUCUUAUUGAUUAUCUUUUAUAAGGAAAAUGCAACAUUUGAUCAAGUUAGGUUUGCAUAAACACGCCUGGCUAAUAGAAAUUUUAAUUUUAAGACGAUCAAACUUAAAGUUUGAUCUUGAGACACUACUGUUUUUUACCACGAUGCAGCAUAAGAAUAAAAUGACCUCAAGAAAAAAAUCACUAAUAGCACUACUCUUCACCACAAAUGCCAGCUUUUUCUACCCAGAAGUAGGAAGCGCAAGAAAUGUGACAGUACAGGAAAUGUGCAGAUGGCUAAAAGACUUAAAGCAUCAGAGGAAAAUGUGUGAACGUAGGAAAGGAUUACCUCAGCUUCUCCAGCAAAUUAGAUCAUUGACAGUAAAAUCAUGUCAGCUGCAAUUUCAGUAUGAACAGUGGAACUGUUCCACAAUGCAUAUGAAGAAAUUUUUUAAGAAGAUUUACAGAGAAACUGCUUUUAUGUAUAGUCUAGCAACAUCGGCGUUUAUGUAUGUGAUAGCCCAAGCAUGUGUGGAAGGAAAACUAUCAAAUUGCCAAUGUGCUGGGCAUCCAAAAAGUGACAAUCCAUUAAAGUGGGAUUGGGGAGGUUGUUCAGUCAAUACCAAAUAUGCUUCAACUUUCGUCGAAAAAUUUCUCCAACUGAAGAGAAAAGGCGAUAACCCAAACAAUAUUAUGAAGUAUAAUAGUGAAGUUGGAUUGCGAAUUACUCGGCAUAAUACGAAGAAAGUUUGUAAAUGUCAUGGUUUAUCGGGUUCUUGUACUCAAAGGAUAUGUUAUAAAAGCUUACGUCCGUUUGACGAAGUUGCAAAAAAUCUGACAGCACUUUAUCACAAAGCUAUUCAAGUAGAACCUGACAAUAAUAUCCACGAUAUUAGUCGGCACAAGAAGAAGAAGCAACUAUUAUUUUUAGAUUCUUCUCCGAAUUUUUGCGAAUCGUAUAGAAACAGUGCAUUUUCGACAACAGGAAGACGAUGUAGAGAUAUCGACAAUUGUGCUACGUUGUGUUGUAGUAAUGACUACAUCACAGUCACUAAAUUGGUGUCCCAAAAAUGCAACUGUGAGUGGAAAAACAUAUCUAGUUUUCAACUAAAAUGUGAUGGAUGCCAGCGAGAAGAAACUGAGUAUUACUGUAAAUAAAAUGAUAUAAUUCGUCUUAAUAUAUUUAAUAUGUAUAUAGAGUUAUGAAGGAACAGGCUUUUGCAAAAUGUGAAAAAUUAAACACUAUAGUCAAAUAAUUGA